UUUAGUUUUAUCACAUGAUAAACACAUACUCAGUGAUGAGUACAUACUCAGUGAUACAAUUCAGUGAUCAAGACGGCGGAUCAAUAUCCAUUGUAAAGAAUCAGUGGAUUACGCCAAGGCGUCGGGAGGUAUUUUGGCCACCCGUCAAGGGAUCUAAAGCUUUUGAAAAGGUGUUGGCGGAUACCAAAACACCGGAUGAGAAAUGGAAACGAUACUUCAUCCAAAGAGUUUUUUGUGAGACUGACGAUAUAGAUAAAGCCAAAAGAAAACUGAAACUGGUCGAGGAGACAUCAGACUUACAGACUGAAGCAGAAGAAGAACCAAAUUUUAAGCGGAAAAGAAAUAACAGAUAUAUUUCCACAAGCGAUGAAGAUGACGGUCACAUAACGCCACCACCAAUUAAGAAAAAAAUCUUGAACAAAACAGCUGCUGCUGCUUACUAUAGAGAUACCCGUCAGGCUCAGCCAAACAUUACCCGAGAUUCCCGGGAAGCUCCUUCAACACCAGAAAAAACCCUCUCAUUGCUGAAUGUAGUUGACGGGCUUCCUGUCUUGACAAACAGUGUCCUGCAAGAUUUAACAGAAGACGGCGAGGGGCGGCUAACUCCGGUUUCACGCAUACGUAGUCCUUGGUCGCGAAAAGAACAACCACCGAAUCUCGGCAGCGACGUGCCAGCAACGCCAUCGUGCGGUCAAGGAUUAAAAGGUUUGCAAGAUACAGUGGUGUCACUACUGACCCACAUAAAAGCCCAGAAUGAUAUAAUCAUCUCGAUUUUGCGAGAAAAACAUACAAGGUUGGAUUUAAAACCAGAGUUCAAAUUUCCCAUCAAAACUUCGGAGGAGUUGGAAAUUGUGGAAAAAUUAUUAACGUCACAAGAAAACCAUGCUAACGUGGUAAGUUUUAAGUUUGUCAAUGCGAUAGUAUCAUCGAAACUACAAGCGUACCGGAUAGGUAUAAUAACCGGCAUAGCCUCGUAACGUCGUAAGUAGCCGGGUCCACACAGAGCGAGCAUACGCGCGAGGAUA